AUGCCAACAAAAACAUUUAAAUUAUUAACUAUUCUCGUCAUUUUAAUUGUAUGUAUUGUAUUUAUUACUCAUAUAUUUCAAUAUCAUAGAAGAAUUCUUAAUACUAAUACAACAAUGUCAACUGUUAAGCCUAUUCUAAUUGACUUUUAUCCAAAUAUUGCUGUACUAGUUGAAUCUCGUACUACUGAUUUAAUUGUAACUGUUGUUCACAAUGUUAAUUAUCACAUUCCAUCAACAUGGCCAAUACAAAUAUUUCAUGGAAAAGAUAAUCAAGACUUUAUUAAAAAUUCUACAUUAGCACCAUUAAUUUUGUCAGGAAAAAUAAUUCUAACAUAUAUGGAUGUUGUUUAUGGAAAGAGUGAAGGAAGGACACUAUUAACAGAUUCUAAAUUUUGGCAACGUGUUCGUGGUGAAAAGAUUCUUUUCUUUCAAAUCGAUUCAAUUAUGUGUUCAAAUUCUCCACAUAAAAUAACUGAUUAUUCUCAAUAUGAUUAUAUUGGUGCUCCGUGGGACCCUACAUGGUUUUCAUACAGUACGGUAGAUUAUGUUGGUAAUGGUGGAUUUUCAUUACGAAGUCGAAAUAAAACACUUGCUUUACUUGCACUUCUUCCAUAUAAUAAAAGAAUGCCAGAGGAUGUGUGGUAUGGAUUACAUUUACGUCAAGUGAAUGGAUCAGUAGCUCCUGUAAAUGUAGCUAAAACAUUUGCAGUUGAAUCAUUAUAUUAUGAAAGACCAUUAGGUGUACAUCGAUUUAACUUACCAUGUCCAAUUCGAGAAAAACUAUUUCAGACAUGUCCUGAAUCUAAGAUUGUUAUGCCCGAAAAAUGUAAAUAG